GCCUAUGGCCAGGAGACCAGUCGCUCAGUUCGUUCGGUACCAAUAAAAGUCCGUUUGAAAUAUCUAACGCAUCAUCCAUUCCGGGAAUGGACGGGUUUUUUCGGUUUCCUGCAUUUUUCUGAAUCGGAUUCUCGUUUUGCAAUGUCGCCGUCGCUAUUCUAUCGAAUGUCCAGCGUUCACGAGAGGAAUUAAGAAAUUCGCGAUCGAGCGGUACCGAUGUCUUCUUCGAUCUUCGUCCGAAUGAAAGGUACCAAGGUUUCAAGGCUUGCUUGAUUUUUUUUCACGCGGUUUUCGAGUCUUUGGAACGUUUUGGAUAGUCAGUGAGUUCCAUGUGAAGAGUUCCUUUGGAUUAUUGGAUUGUCUUGUUCUUCUACACUAUUGUGUUGUUUUUGUUUGUUGUCAGUUCGUUUAUUUAUCCAGAAAAUGGGUAAUCAUUCAUCUAACCACCUUCCUCUGGAUUCUAUGGGGAAAUUCGGUGAUCCCACAGUGCGGAGGAGUCUUCGUUCUCCACGCAAAAUGGACAGGCUCCGGAGAUCUUUCCGCGAUUCCUUCAGGAGACGGAAGGAUAGGGUCCCGGAAGCCAGCAAACCGCACCAGUGGCAGGCGGAUGAGUCGGCUGUGAGGCAGGGUACCUGCACCUUCCCCGUCAAAUAUCUGGGUUGCGUUGAGGUGUUCGAUUCCAGGGGGAUGCAAGUUUGUGAGGAGGCUCUGAAGGUUCUCAGGGGUUCAAGACGGAGACCUGUCCGAGCCGUCCUCCACGUGACAGGAGAUGGUCUGAGGGUCGUGGAGGAAGAGACCAAAGGCCUGAUCGUUGACCAGACGAUCGAGAAGGUGUCCUUCUGCGCCCCGGACAGGAACCACGAGAGGGGUUUCAGCUACAUAUGCAGGGACGGCACCACCAGGAGGUGGAUGUGCCACGGUUUUCUGGCAAUGAGGGAAUCGGGGGAGAGGCUGUCCCACGCGGUCGGUUGCGCGUUCGCGGUUUGCUUGGAAAGGAAGCAGAAGCGAGAUAAGGAAUGUGGAGUCACGAUGACCUUCGAUCAGAAGAACUCCACGUUCACGAGAAGCGGAAGUUUUAGACAGCCCGAACUGAGCGAAAGGUUAGAACGUGCAAUAGACGUACCUGGUGCAAAAUCAUCGUCAAUAGUGAAUCCCUUCGCCAUAGAAAGGCCGCAUGCCACGGAAAGUAUGUUGAUCAGACAGGGAAGCUGCCGCGGUUUCAGCACCUUGGGAGAGAACUCCCCGUUCAAAAGACAAAUGUCGUUGAGGAUCAACGAUCUUCCCAGCAAUACGGCUAGGUUGAGUAACGCUUUCCACUCGAUGAACUCGAGGAAUCAGGCGUCCAAAGUUGCGGCCAUAACAGAGAUAUCCCCUGGAGAUUCGGUGACCGCGCUAUGCCAGCAACUGUCCCAAGGUCUGAGUCAGUUGACGCACAGCGGUUCCGACGACCUGAAUUUCAACAACCAAACUUCGGUGAACCAGAACACGGUCAACCUGAGCGUCACCACCAUCAACAACACCUUCAAUCAAACAGACAACACAUCGCGGUCCCUGACGGCAACGCCGGUCAGCAUCAAUUUGAAUUCGAAUACUUCGCAAACCUCUUCGAUCGGUGCAAUUCAACAGGGUGGUGCGUCGAGCGGCAAUACGUCCCUCAAUACGAGCGUUGCAGCGAAUGCCGCUUUACCAAAGCCGGAGCAAUGGUUGGGGCAGAUAGUGAACGCGUCCCCUGUUCUUGGUGGCAUGGACGGGGCAUCGCCUAGGAAAUUAGGUUUCAUGAGCAGUCAUUCGAGAGCCAUGUCCCUGGAUUCAGCCUCGGAAACAUUCUCAAGAACAGCACAACCCGAUCCAUUCGAUGCAGAAUGGGCGGACGUGAUCGAGCAAAAGAAAAGCAGUAACACAAAUCCCUUCUUAACAAAUUCCCCGCUGCAGAUUCAAUUGUAGCAAACAGACGGUUCCAAGGUACAAUUCUGUAUUCGGCAUUUAACGGAUCAAUAAAUAUGAGCAAAAUUGUAUUGGUUGGAAAAUAUUCAUUAACCGUUUAGAAUCGGGGAAGGGUGGAUGGAAAUGCUGGAAAAAAAUAUUUGAACAUAAUUGCAGUCAUAUUAGAAUUUCGAAAGAGUCCAUUCUUAUCAUAUUGACAAAAUGUUGAUAGUCGUUCGUUUUUUUAUUGAAUUUUUUCGAAGGGAAAAUCCUUCACUACAUACCCCCUUUUUUAGCCCCACACAGUCUCACCAACUGUUUCGUUUAGAAUUUUUUCCAUUUCAUAAAUUAGAGUCGCAAGAAACUCGUUCAGCAUUACGCGCUGAUUUACUCGAAACGUGUAGUAUUUCUGAAUGUUUCAGUAUAUUUCAGAAUAAGUGGCUGAUAUAAGAACGGUUUCAUCUAAAAAUAUUCGUUGAGAAAAAAUUCCAAGCUUACUACCCAAGGUUUUUAUUUCUGGGAUUUUGAUAUUCACAGGGAACAUUGUUGGCUUUGUAUAUAGGUUCUUGACAUUGAAAAAAUGGUGGAAAUAUGAAAUGAAAUAAAGAGUAUGGCUGUGAUUUUACUGAGUAAGAACUUCUUGUUGAAGGAUAAGAUAUUAUGAAAGUGCAAGACUAUAAAAGCUGUGAUUGAUUUCAAUCCUGACUGGAUUAUUUUCCAACCAAAAAAAGAUUCUCAUCUCAUGCUUCUUAGGAAUUUAGGGUUAGAAAAGUUUGUUACAUAUCUAACAACAAAUGUUGAAUUCUUCAAAGAAUUGAGUUGAUGUUGCUGUAUGAAAAUGUAGUCAUUAUUGCCUUGAUUUCUUUACAUACAGGAGGAAUAUAAUUGCUCAAAUUAUUUACAGUCUUGUGGAUUUAUAGCAAUAUAGUAAUAUGUGUAAUUUUCCUAGAAAAAACCUCGAUAAUUUUUCGUACUUAUGUGGUACUUAAUUUUCUCCCUAUCUUUGUUGCAAAUAUUGAACUAUAAAAUUGUUUGUCUUUAUUUCGACAAACUAAUGCUUCAAUGAAUACAGAACAAAUUGAUUCUCAUAAUGAGUGAGUAAAAAAAUAGUGUGACCAUUUUGUGCAGAAUUGCUUCCAUUUUUUUGGUUAUUCAAAACCGUCCAAAAAACUUUUUGAUUCUGGAGUUGAAUUGAUAUGAUUGAACCCUUCCAAUGACUUGAUUCACUCAUCAUACAAAUAUCGAAUUGAAAAUAAUAAGUGUGUUUACCCUGCAGUAUAUAUAUGAAUUGUAGAUUCUCCAGGUUUUCUGUGAAAACCCUUGAGAAGCCAGAACAUGCAGAAUUGCUAAAGUUAAAAUGAAUGCAGUCUCACUAUUUUAUUUACAGAUCUCACUAUUGUGUUUCUACAAGUUGAAAUACCUCAAGAACAAAAACUUCUUGCCAUUGUAUCAAUAAACUCCUGUGGCAAUUGUAGGAGUAGCCACAUUAUCAAAGUUUCAUCUACACAUGGUUGAAGAUCAUUUCCAUUAUGCCAUACUCAUGAAAAUUAACCCUAUAGUUCAGGUUCAUGAAAUUCACAAUUCAGUAACAUUUGUGAUUUGAACUGUGUCACAUCAGGAAACAAUCUGAAUGUUCCUUGCUGUUUCAAUGAUUUAUUUUAAAAAUCUUAUAUUCAUAUCCGAUUGAGCAUAUCAUUGAAAUCAAAUGUUAUGGAUAUUGUAACAUAAGCUUCGCUACUUAAGAACUAUUCUUGUUUUUAUUUAUGAUCUGGGGCACGCUGCUCUAUCAGGCACUUGUACUUAUAACUUAACUUGUAUUAUACAUCUUAAUUAUGUUAUUUUGUAUUAUAGCAUUAUAAAUAAAUAUAUAUAUAUUAGCUGUUGAAA